GUGUAUUUAAACUGUUUAUUAAAGUUAUUUAGAUUUCAUGAAAGAGGAUUAUUUUGUCAUGUAUUGUUUUAUUUUGUUACAAAAAAUGUCGCUUUAUAUGUCAAAAGUGUAUUUAUUUAAGUAAAAUGUAGUUUUUGAAAAAUUUCAAUACUACCAUCUGUUUCUGCCAAUAGCACAAAACAUGGGAGCGUUGCCUUCAAUGACAUGCCCAUCAUCUAGAUGUAGUCUACACAAAAAUGUUUCAUUUCAGACCAGCCAUGCAAGACAGAGAGCCCAAGAGCAAUUGAAAGGGGAUCAUCAGGACAUUGAAUUUGAUCAAUAUACCAAUGUUUAGCCUUAUUCUAAUAUUUCACAGACCAUGUGGAGCUACAGAUAAUUGUGUAGGAGAAAAAGGUUUAUGCAGUUUUCCCUCUGCUCAUGUGAAAUUAACCAGAAAACAGCAGCUUUUAAUGAUGGGACAAUCCUAUAAAAUACAUUUAGACCUAGAUAUGCCUGAAUCUCCCACAAAUCGGCAAUUGGGUAUGUUUAUGGUUUGUGUAGAAUUUAUGGGAAAAGAUGGUACUCUCUUGAACAGUUCUUGUAGAUCAGCAAUGUUACAUUAUAAAGGAAUAUUACUGGAUACUUUGUACAAGCUAUUUUUUAGUCCAUUUUUUGUUUUUGGAUCUGCUGAAGAAAAGCAGAAUGUUAAAGUGGAACUUUUUGCUGAUUAUGAAGAACAAUAUAAUGAACCAGUUACAGAUAUUUUUGUGGAAGUUCAGACAAGACAUAUCGAAAUAUAUUCUGCUAAAUUUACAGUAAAUGCACAAUUUACUGGCCUUAGAUAUGUCAUGUUUCACUGGCCUGUCCUCUCUGCGGCAAUGGGUAUUACGGCCAAUUUAUUUUUUAUUGCACUCGUAUGUUUGAUAAGCUGGUAUCAAAUCAUUCAUUCAGAAGAAUAUUUAGAAUAUAUUGAAGCUUCCAAAACACACACUGAAAAUGAUUCUGAUUCAUCAAUUUCCGAGGAGUAUGAUGAUACCUCCUUGGAAAAUAGACCCUGGGGAGGUUUUAAAGAUGAAGACAUGGUAGAAACACUCAAUACGUAG